CCAGAGAAAAACCUUUUGCUCCAGGAUCAUGACAAGGCAGCAGCUGCUCCCCUAGAAACAGGAACUCGGGGAAGGUGGCUCCUCGAUGGUCUGUGAUGCCGUCAGAGGAAAUGGGUGGUUGUGAGAACCACAGAGUCUGCAGUCGGAGCUAGAGCUCCAAGGACCCCAUGCCUGUGUCUCUGUGAGAGAGCUCAAAGGGCCCUGGGCCUUCCCUCCCUGGCUCGGCUGUGCUUGGGAGGGUUCCCCAGUCCAGAAUCCCUAAGGAGCAUGGGGCAGCUGAUCCAUCCCUGGUGUACAAACUGCUGACUGCAGACAGAUGCUGAGCUACCCAAACCGACACCUAGCCUCUCCCUGAAGAUCCUCCCAGGCUGAGAGAGUUCUGGGUAUCCUAGGACAAAGGACACUGGCAGACUUCCAGAAGGGCCCCCAAAGCCCUAACCUGCCCAGCCAGAGCAUGCGUCUCAGCAGAGCUGUCUUCCCAAGCCUUUGAUGACAAACCAAUUUCCCUCAGUGAUGUGCUUCUGAGUGCUCUGCUGAGGAACAAUGGGAAGUCUGCCCAGCAGAAGAAAAUCUCUGCCAAGCCCAAGCUUGAGUCCCUCUGUCCAAGGCCAGGGACCUGUGACCAUGGAAGCAGAGAGAAGCAAGGCCACUGCCGUGGCCCUGGGCAGCUUCCCGGCCGGUGGCCCAGCCGAGCUGUCACUGAGACUCGGGGAGCCAUUGACCAUCAUCUCUGAGGAUGGAGACUGGUGGACGGUGCUGUCUGAAGUCUCAGGCAGAGAGUACAACAUCCCCAGCGUCCACGUGGCCAAAGUCUCCCAUAGGUGGCUGUAUGAGGGCCUGAGCAGGGAGAAAGCGGAGGAACUGCUGUUGUUACCUGGGAACCCUGGAGGGGCCUUCCUCAUCCGGGAGAGCCAGACCAGGAGAGGCUCUUACUCUCUGUCAGUCCGCCUCAGCCGCCCUGCAUCCUGGGACCGGAUCAGACACUACAGGAUCCACCGCCUUGACAAUGGCUGGCUGUACAUCUCACCACGCCUCACCUUCCCCUCACUCCAGGCCCUGGUGGACCAUUACUCUGAGCUGGCGGAUGACAUCUGCUGCCUCCUCAAGGAGCCCUGUGUCCUGCAGAGGGCUGGCCCGCUCCCUGGCAAGGAUAUACCCCUACCUGUGACUGUGCAGAGGACACCACUCAACUGGAAAGAGCUGGACAGCUCCCUCCUGUUUUCUGAAGCUGCCACAGGGGAGGAGUCUCUUCUCAGUGAGGGUCUCCGGGAGUCCCUUAGCUCCUACAUCAGCCUGAAUGACGAGGCUGUCUCUUUGGAUGAUGCCUAGGCCCAAAGGAGAGGCCAAAAGGGAAACCAAGGCUGCACACCCAGAACCCCAAUUCAGCCUCCUGAGCAUCCCAGAGGCAAGGCUGUGCACUCAGGGAAGGAGGGUGGGACACAGAGGUGCAUCCAGGGUCCCACCUGUACCCUUGCUCUUUCCUCUCUUGGCCCUUAGAAGUCACCUAUUUCCUCCCAGUGCCAUGAUCCCACCUUCGACCUCUAGUCCGAGCGCAGAGAAGGUGGGACCAGGGCCAGGGUUCCAAAGAGAAUAAGCCUCCUGGGGGUCUGACCUAGUUAGUUCUUGAGUUUGGGGUUUUCAGUACCAUCUGGAUGCCCUGCCUGUUGAGCCCCAUUCUACAUCCCCACCGUUAACCAGGCCCCACCCACAAGGUAGAAACGACCCCUAGAGUCAAUGAGAAAGUCAUUUUCAGAAAAUUUACAAGUCUCGUUGAGACCACCACCAUACCUCAGAAGGUAGGACUGUGGCCUAGAAGGGAAAGGAAACCUGAGAUGAUGUCUUACCGUAGCAGCAGAUCUUGGAUGGUCCAGCCUCUACGUGACCUCCACAGCAAAGAGAAAGAUUUUGGACAGUCUAGGUCCUCAAAUGUCCCCCAUUGAGGACAACAGCCCUAGCUCUUUUUUUUUUUUUUUGAGAUGGAGUC